UCACUUUCUUUACGCGGUGGUUGUAUUGUGCUCACGUAGUGAUGUUACGCAGUGGACGAUAUAAAACCCGGUGGCUGGACAUCAGGGGCACAGUCGACCGACUUCGUUCAUCCUUCCGUAGCAUCUUCAAGCCUGUAGACAUGGACAGCAAGAUUGUAGUAUUCAUGUGCGUGGUAGGGGCCGCCUCAGCCAGCGUGCUCGCGCCCGCGCCGCUGCUCCGCUCAGACCCGCUCCCACAAUACUCCUACGGGUACGACGUACAGGACGCGCUCACCGGGGACUACAAGGGCCACCAGGAGCACAGGAACGGGGACCUGGUCACCGGAUCAUACUCCGUGGUCGACCCGGACGGCACCAGGCGGAUCGUGGACUACGCCGCUGAUCCUCUGAACGGGUUCAACGCGGUGGUCCGUCGGGAGCCGCUGGUGGUGCCCGCGAGGGUGGUCGCUCCGGCCCCAGUGGUUGCACCUGCCCCGGUGUUCGCCCCCGCCCCCGCGCGCGUGGUCGCCCCCGCUCCAGUGUUCGCGCGCGCCCCCGUCUACGCACCCGCCCCCGCCCCUGUCUUUCCCGCCCCCGCACCCGCGCCCCUCAGGCUACCAUACCCCUACCCCUACUACUACUAGAUGAAUUAUUACAAUAUUGCUGUGUUAUCUCUUUUUAGAUUAUGUUAACUGUAUAUAGGCAUUUUGUAAAUUUGUUAUUUAUGAAGCGGAGUAAAUAAAUACUUCGAAAAGUU